AUGUUAACGGUUAACGCAUCUGAUUUUCAUGUUGACGCAAUACUACCGCCUAAUUACAAACCUAGGGAUCUUUAUGUUACAAAUGUGCUUAUAAAUGGUAAAGAAUAUUGUACAAACUCUACUUUAAAAUCGACAGAACAAAGGAUAACACCAAAACUGUCGUGUGGACAACGUAAAGUGAAACAUAAUCAGCUUAUAACCCAUGGACUCGGAGCGAGAGCUGGAGACUGGCCAUGGCAUGUUGCAAUAAGCAGUAUAUACAAUUCUACCUUCCGAUAUAUUUGUGGAGGAUCUCUUAUUUCAGAUACAUUUGUUUUAACAGCUGCUCAUUGCGUAACAAAGGUUGGUGUUCCGGUAUUGCCAGAAUAUUUGGGGAUUAGUCUUGGAAAGACUAAUUUGAUUGGAGCCAAUGAAAAUCCUCAGGAAAGAGAGGUUUUCAAAAUCAUUGUACAUGAAAAUUUCAAUCAUAGAAAACUAGACAAUGAUAUAGCAUUAUUGAAAUUGACCACGAAAGUUAUUUUUAACGAUUAUAUACAGCCUGUUUGUAUGUGGUCUGAUAGAGUUGAUAAGACUGUUCCAAUUGGAGAAAUCACUGGAUCGGUAGUUGGAUGGGGCUUUGAUCAAACAGAUUCAUUCAGUCCAACUCUUCGCACUGCUCACAUACCCUUAGUAUCAGAUGAGAUUUGCAUUAAAAGAAAGCCAAUAUUUUACGGUAGCUUCCUAAAUGGUUAUAAAUUUUGCGCUGGACUUAUCAAUGGAACAUCUGUAUGUAAUGGAGAUAGUGGUGGAGGUUUUGUUGUAUUCAUACCAAAUGAAGAUAGUGGAAUAACUAGUUCUCCUGAUGGAGUAUGGUUUAUACGAGGAAUAAUUUCUCUUGCAUUGAGCAGAGAAAAUUAUAAAAAUAAAAAAUUUGGGCAAUUAACUUCAUUGGGUAAUAACGUAUACACAGUAACGUUAUUGGAAGAUACAUACGAUUUCGAAGUUGACGUAGAAGCACCGCCUUCAUAUACAUCUUCUUUGCCUAUUUAUGUUACAAGUGCCCUUAUUAAUGGUGAAGAAUAUUGUGCAAACCCUGCCUUAGGGACUACACGCAAUCCUUUUAGAACCAAUAAUUCCAAAGAACAAAGCGUUACACCAAAACUAUCGUGUGGACAACGUAAAGUGAAACAUAAUCAGCUUAUAACUUAUGGACUCGAAGCGAGAGCCGGAGACUGGCCAUGGCAUGUUGCAAUAAGCAGUAUAUACAAUUCUACCUUCCGAUAUAUUUGUGGAGGAUCUCUUAUUUCAGAAACAUUUGUUUUAACAGCUGCUCAUUGCGUAACAAAGGUUGGUGUUCCGGUAUUGCCAGAAUAUUUGGGGAUUAGUCUUGGAAAGACUAAUUUGAUUGGAGCCAAUGAAAAUCCUCAGGAAAGAGAGGUUUUCAAAAUCAUUGUACAUGAAAAUUUCAAUCAUAGAAAACUAGACAAUGAUAUAGCAUUAUUGAAAUUGACCACGAAAGUUAUUUUUAACGAUUAUAUACAGCCUGUUUGUAUGUGGUCUGAUAGAGUUGAUAAGACUGUUCCAAUUGGAGAAAUCACUGGAUCGGUAGUUGGAUGGGGCUUUGAUCAAACAGAUUCAUUCAGUCCAACUCUUCGCACUGCUCACAUACCCUUAGUAUCAGAUGAGAUUUGCAUUAAAAGAAAGCCAAUAUUUUACGGUAGCUUCCUAAAUGGUUAUAAAUUUUGCGCUGGACUUAUCAAUGGAACGUCCGUGUGUAAUGGAGAUAGUGGUGGAGGUUUUGUUGUUUUCAUACCAAAUGAAGAUAGUGAAAUAACUAGUUCUCCUGAUGGAGUAUGGUUUAUACGAGGAAUAAUUUCUCUUGCAUUGAGCAGAGAAAAUUAUAAAGUAAGCGUUUGUGAUCCCAACGAAUACGCUAUAUUUACUGAUGUUGAUAAAUAUGACGAUUGGAUAAAAGAGCACAUGAAA